GGCAAAAUGCUGACCUGAAUGGUAAAUUCAAGCUUCCAAUGAAGAACGAGUUCAUUCCAACUAACUUUUAGAUUCUGCCAUUGGAAAAAGAUGCGACACAAUACCCUGCCCUUGUCAAGGACACUGCUAUGAGCAAACUAUGGUUCAAGCAAGAUGACAAAUUUUUUUUGCCGAAAGCUUGUCUCAACUUUGAAUUUUUCAGCCCAUUUGCUUACGUGGAUCCCUUGCAUUGUAACAUGGCCUAUUUGUACCUUGAACUACUCAAAGACUCCCUCAACGAGUAUGCAUAUGCAGCAGAACUAGCUGGCUUUAACUAUGAUCUCCAAAAUACCAUCUAUGGGAUGUAUCUUUCUGUAAAAGGUUAUAAUGACAAGCAACCUAUCUUGCUUAAGAUCAUUGAGAAAAUGGCUACUUUUGAGAUUGAUGAAAAACGAUUUGAAAUUAUCAAGGAAGCGGCAAAGAAUGCAAAGAAUUUCCCAGAUGCCUCUGUACUUUUUCUAACCAAGUCAGCACAGGGAAGCAACUUAAUCUACUUUACAAUAGUUGUAAUUAGAAGCAAAUUAAUCUACUUUUUUUGUACACUGUAACCUGAUGUUUUCUUCAAAUUCUCAGGUAAGCCCCAUGAAAAG